AUGGCCCCAAUCAUUCAUUGCGUCCGCCACGCCCAAGGCCUGCACAAUGUUUGCACCGCCAACCAUGUCAUCCAAGACCCCGUCCUCACUGACCUUGGCCACGAGCAAUGCCAAAAGCUCCGCGAGAAUUUCCCUCGCCAUGCCCACAUUGACCUGGUAACCGCUUCGCCCCUCCGUCGUACCCUCUACACUGCGCUCGAGAGCUUUGCGCCUGUCUUGAAGUCAAGGCCAGACUUGAAGAUUAUUGCCCUACCGGAUGUUCAGGAGAUAUCGGAUGUUCCAUGUGAUACUGGCAGCGAACCUUCCGUUUUGAAGGAGGAAUUCAAGACGGGAGUUGACUUGGAUCUUGUGCAAGAUGGGUGGAAUAGUAAGCAUGUUGUGUACUCACCAUUUUCUCCCAAAAAGCUAUCCGGUCGUUACGCCCCAAUCAACAACGCCAUCAAGGAACGCGCUCGUGCAGCCCGUCGCUGGUUGAAAGCCCGCCCAGAGAAGGAAAUAGUCAUGGUCACGCACGGUGGCUUCCUGCACUAUUUCACUGAAGACUGGGAGGACAGCAGCCAGUUCCAGGGUACCGGCUGGUCCAAUACCGAGUACCGUACAUUCUCUUUCAGCGAGGAAACACACACAGACGAUCUGGAGGGAUACCCGCUAGACGGUGACAAUGCCUCACUUGAGGAGACAUUUGACUCGCGGCUGCGCCGGGGCAAGACUGGACCUAUGCCCAGCCGGGAGGAACAGAAGACACUGUAUAAGAAGGGAACCCAGGGCUGGGAUGACCAGGGAUUGCAGAUGAGCACUGCUGAUCGGGAGGCGGCUAAGGUCACUGGAGGUGAGGAAGUCAAUGGGGUCCGGUUAUAA